GCGUUUGCUUCCGUAACCCGUCUGCAACGAGGCGUCCGACGUUCGUCGCCUCCGAGCUUUAUUUUUUUUUUUAUUAUUUUUUAUUUUUUUUUUAUUUGUCUAUUUUUUUUUUUCGAUCACUGUAAUUAUUUGUUUUUCGUUUUCGUACCAAAAUCGUUCGGUUUACAGUCACUACAGGAAAAUAACGAUAUGUGAUAAAACGUGCGUGCUGAAAAAAAACUAGUCGAUUCAAACAGUAAGAGUUGAUGACCGACACUUAUUCGUGAGCAACCGUCGCCGCAGUGUUCGUAUCGUGAUAGUGAACCAAAAAACGCCAAUAUAACUUUAAUGUAUUAGGACGCACUAAGCGGGGUUGUCACGGUCGGUGCAAGACGGUAAGGGCGAAGGGACGAACGGACGGCGGUGGCGGAAGGAGGACCCGGAGGAUUCGCGUGCGACGGGAUUUCCGUGGUCUGUACGUGUUUUAUAAGGAAGAAAAAGGGAUCAAUACGCGCGACGAAUGGUCCAGGGGUAACGGCGGUAACGGCGGUGACGUCAAGUCACGCGCUUACAGUGACGUCAUUACAUCGCCGCCUUCGUGACCGGGUCACAGGGAUGAAUAAUGAUCGGCGCAGACGUCGCCGGCAUCGGUCGUUUACCGUGUGUACCUGCGUAUGUACGUGGUUCGGUGGCGUGCCGGGCCGGGGCCAUGGACAGGGCCGACCGUCUAGCCCGUAGCUUGGAACUGGAGAAGGCGUACGUGCACGACACCUACCAGGAGAUGUAUCAUCCCGCGCACAAGACCAAACCGUGGCCGAAAGUGACACAGUUCCUGCACGACUUGGAACCCGGAUCCCUUGUGUGCGACAUCGGUUGUGGAACGGGAAAAUAUUUAUCGACCAACCCACAUGUGUUCAAAUUAGGUGUCGAUCGUUGUCUGAGAUUAACUGAAAUAGCAAGAAGUCAAGACAGUGAAGUACUAGUGUGUGACAAUCUAACGUUACCAUUCAAGGACUGUAGUUUAGAUGCUAUAUUAUCUGUAGCUGUUAUUCAUCAUUUUUCAACGACAGAGAGACGAGUGAGUGCCUUACAAGAACUAGCCAGGGUACUUAGAAUCGGCGGUCGUAUGAUUAUCACAGUAUGGGCUAUGGAACGACGCCAUAGAAAAUUUGAAUCUCAAGACGUUUUAAUGCCCUCGCAAAAACCUUGUAAGAAUAUAGAAAGUGAAUCGACAGAAUUUUCAACAACAACAACCACUUCGGACGAAGAGUAUAUUAGCACAAGGAAAAAGUCAAAUUCUGAUUCAAUGACUAGGAGUAGCAAAGUGUGUUGCGAAAGAAAAAAUAGGCGUAAGGAACAAUCGAACUCGAAAAAAGGAAUUGCCAGCUCUCCCAGUAGUUCUAGUUUAUCGAGUCCCGCGAACGAAACCUGUUACAGUUUUGUUCGAAAAGCAAUUCAGAAGCUUGCCGGUUCAACCAAGCGUGGUAAAGUUGCAUCAAAACCCUGGUUCGUGAGUUCAUGGACAUCGCUCUACGGUAACGAAUUGCCAUCAGCAUUACGUUCAGAUCCCGAAGGAUGUGAAACUUGCAAUGAAGACGUACAAAAUGUUCCUAUAGAACUUAGACGAAUGGAAGAUUCACCGGACUUAAUACCAUUAUUUAACCGAACUCCUACACUCAAAUCUAAAAGUUUGAGUGAUAUCAAGAGUGCUGCGGAGAAACCAAUGGUUCGGUCAAGAUCAAGUAUACCUGAAUUAGAAAAGUCCAUGCCGUUAACUCUUUCUAAACCUAAACUAGUAAAACAAAAACAAUCAUUAUGCGAUGAGGAUGCGGAAGAAGAUAGAGAUAAAGCUACUGAUAUGAAAGACUUGGUAAAUAAACUACCACAAUUUGAUGAUGGUAGCGGCUCAAGAAGACAUAGAUAUAAGAGCAAUGAAAUAAAACAAAGAUCAAUGAACGAAGAACUUAUGUCAGUAGAAAGGCUCAAAGAAAAAGAGAUAGUACAGAAAAACAUUCAAAGACAAGCAUCAUUAAACGAAGAGCUCAUGUAUAAAACACGUACGUUGGAAUCGAUUAAAGAUACAUUACAAUUGCUCAAAACUGGGUUCACAAAAACCUUUAAGAAUCCAUCCAGUCAGGUGUCUGAUAACAUUAAAAACGGGCUUAGUAGAAUGCUAGGGUAUAAAGAAGAUAGCGAAGAAAAGGUUAGUGAUGAGAAAAAAAUAGAAAUGCCUGUUCCCGCAUUACUGACAACAACGUGUUGUGAUGGACGCAGAAGUUCCCGUGAAGACGGUUCUUCAGAAGAUUCCUCAAAAGAUAGUCUACAGAGUGAUGCUAGUGUUGAUUCUGAGGACAGUUUAAGUAGUUUAGCAUCCGUUAUAUUUGUAAACGCAACCGGAGGAUCGGAUAAGACGUGUUCGCCGCCUUUAGUCGAACAGCAAGCAAGGACAGCUCCGUGUACACCUACAGCUAAAUCUCAAAGUCAAUAUAGAUCGUCUUCACAUCCUAAUACACCGAAAACGGCACCUAUUCAUCCGUCGCAUUUUAGAUUACCCUCUCGAUUUAAUUCUCAAAAUGGAAACGAACCAUAUCAAUUAAAUUUAUCAACGGAACAACCAGUUGACGAUAUUUUGAAACCCAUAAAAUUAUCACCAGUAAAAACAGCGAUAGAAAUGAAGCUCAAAAGGGAACAAGAAAAAGAUCAAGAAUUAGAACGAAGAGAUCAUGUUUGCGAAGGAGGUGAUCAAAAUGCACGACCUAAAGAAAGAAUAAGUGCAGAAAAACUUAAACAAAUUCAAGACCUUCUAUUAAACACCAAACCAGUUACCGGCCGAAAUCGACUACCAAAAGCAGAUCGAACUUUUUCUGGUCUACGAGGAAGACACUUUAUUAAAACAGUAGAAGAAACAUUUCAUCCAGAAAUCGACGAUAUAGAUAGUGAUUUUGAAUCAUCAUCUUCCGAUUCUGUUAGUAGUGUUAUUAGUGUAGUCGUGGAAGAUGAACGCAAAAUGACAGAUGCUGAAUUUGAUGAACCAACUGACAUGGAAACAUCAGCAGAUCCCACGGAAGGCAUAUCUGUGGAAUGUUCUGAUUCAGAACAAUCUUUUCCUUCAGAAACUGGUGCAAUUAAAGAAGAAUCGGACUCUAAUGAACACCAUGAUCGUAAAAGAAUUCUGAUUCAUAAAGAUCAUAACCCUAUAGAAGACUCUAACCAAAAAGAAGAUCCUAAUGCUAAAGAAGAUCUUAAAAUCAACGAAGAUAUUAUCACAAGAGAGUAUCCUAACACUAAAAAAGAUAGUAAAACUAAGGAAUUUAAAGAAGAACAACCAAAACGCACUAAUCGGUGGAGUCUACAAGAACAUCCAAAUAAAGGAACACCAGUUCGAAACAGUCCUAGCCUGGGCUCUAUAUCAAAACAUAAACGAGUCAACAAGUGUUCCAAAGAUGAGCUUUCAGAAUUACCAGAAACUUGGGAUGAAGAAUGUCAAAAGCAUUUGGUAGACUUCGCUGAAAGAUUAAACAAAGAACUACGGGCUGCAAUAGACAUGGAGUCAGCGGAAGAGUCUAAGAAUGAGCACGAAGAAAUAAUAGAUACACCCGAGAAAGUCGAGCUUAUGCAGUAUUUUCACAAACUAAUGCAUCCGGAAGAAAUACUAUCAGAUCCGUCAUCCUCCGACGGGCAGUUCGAAGACGAGCCGAUGGAUUACCAUCGAAUAGAAAUAUUGGCCGGAUCCGAUGCACCUCGUAGGCCUAGCAUUUCCAUUGAAACGCAAGACUCCGUGGACAAAGUUCUGCGGAGUCGCGAAGGUUUCAGAUCGCGUCACUACCGAAUGUCCGUCGAUUCUGCGGAAGACCGGCAGAAUGCGUCGUCGUUAGAAUUGGAAUACGAUUCGAGACGUGACACCGUUUCCAGCAGUCAAGCGUCACUUCUGCGCCCGGGAAACUCGCUGGAGUCAAACGACACCGCCGAUACGCACACCACGACACAGAGCACGACUUCGCUUACGUCCUGGAGUGAUUGCAGCAAGGACACAAGGUUUGCAGACAGGAGACAAGCGCGUUGCGAUGGCCGCUCUUCGUCGGAGGAAACGGAUCCGCGGCGAGCCGCUGUCCUGGUACGUCAACACGCAGCAGUUGAAACCCAGGAGACGUUGAAAAGUGACGACACCAGCUUGUCUACUUCGCAAGAAUCAUUGUCCGAGAACGGAGGCGGGUCGAUAACAUUCCACAGGUAUUAUCAUGUAUUCAAAGAAGGUGAACUGGAUCAACUGAUCGAGAAAUAUGCUGAUAAUUUACACAUAAUUUCGUCGUAUUACGAUGAAUCGAAUUGGUGCGUGAUCGCCGAGAAAGUUCAGGUUUGGACUAUUUAAAACUAAUUAUUAAAUUAAAAAAAUAAUUAAUUUAAAAUAUGGUUUCUAACCUAUUUAUCUGUCACGUAAUAUAAAUGCGGCCAAAAUAAUUUUAUAGUAUGUCAUUAUUAGUAUUCUUGGUAAAUGUAUAUUAAAUUAAUACCUAUACCUAUUUAUUGUUUUAAAUCUCAUACAUUUUCAAUUGGUGUCAUUGUUUAUGUCAUAGCUCAUUGUUUAAAUUUAAUAAUUUAUUAUCGAUUUUGGUAUAGAAUUAUGUAUUAUCUAUUUAACUAUAUUAAUUAUACUAUUAUGUUUAAGAUUCCACAUUCAAAAUUAAAUUAGUUUUAAAAAUAAAAUAUUCAGUUGCGUACAAAUGGUGAUAGAGUUCUGGAUAAAUCCGCCAAGAACUAGAAAAAUCUCGUUUUUAAAUGGCUAAAGUGAAAAAUAUGCACAUCGUAAAUAUUUUAACGGCUAGAAGCCGAUUGAGCACGAUAGACUUUUUUCACAACUCAAUUGAGCACGGUUGAAAUCAAACAAUAGGAACGCAAAAAAACCCAAAAAAACAACACGAUUGAACAUAAAGUAAAUGCAACGUAGCCACUUUGUACCGUAAAAUAUUGUUAUUAAAAAAUAAAAUACAUUUAAACACAGAUAUUUAUAAAUUAAAAUCUUUUAUCGGUUUUUUCUCAAUCAAAUAAACCUGCACUUGAAAGCUGCCAACCCUUAGUUUCUCUCGGAUAAAACAAUUUAUAUUAUAUUAUUUUCCACCAUAAAAUCAUAAAAUUUGCAAAAUAUACACUAUUUUUGAAGGAACACGAGCCCGAGACAACAGAACAGACUGACCUAGUUUUAUUUACAGCGUAGGUACAUAUAAUAACAGUUAAUCACAGUUUAUUGCAAUUGUUGUAGAUAAAAUUCUGAUCUUAUCUAUCCCUAACCUAUCGAUCGAUAGUAAAACAUUUUCAACUAAUAUGUUAGUUACCUAUUAAUAAUCUACUAAACAUAUGUGCUAUUGAAAAUCUGACAGUAUAGACAGUAUUUAUUUAUUAUUUAUCGUGUUCAAUCGGGUAUCACCGAUUUUAACGAGUGUAUAAAAUUUAGUAUUUGUCAAUUAUGAUGAAAUGACGAAAACAUUAAUUUUUCGUCCUAGGAGGUAUAAAAAAAGACGUUUUAUAUUCACAAAAAACUAUGUAUAUAAGUUUUCCCCUUCCCCACAUACACACACACAAAAAAUAAAAUUGAAUGUACGUAAUUGAUCAUGUUAAAGUACCACAUACUCAAGUUUUCAUUAUAAUAAGCCUUACAGUGAUGUAAUUAUGAAAUAUUAAAAUACGAUGAUAUAUUGAUAUUAUGUCGAG